UACUUAGUUCAGGACAUGCUGGAUUUCACUUCAGUGGUUCUCUCCCUCUGCUUGUCGGGGCAGAAUGACGUGGAGGCGACCAAAGCGGCCCCGGUGAUGAACUCUGUGAAGGGCGACUCGUCGGCAGCCACGGUGCCCGUCACCGCCUCGCUGGACGACACAGAGAUGAAGAAAAUUCUGGAUAAGUGCAAGAGGCUGCAAGCUGAGAUGAACAAGCUGGCCGACGAGAACCGGCAAUUAAAGGAGGACGGUAUUAGGAUGAGAAAGGUACCGCGCUCAGAUCACAUGACGACAAACUCAACUAGCAUCCUCGGCCGAGAAGCCAGCACCGCCUCCCUGCCCUCCCUCCUCGUCGUCAUAGCAGCCAUCUUCCUCGGAUUCUUCCUAGGGAAGUUCAUCUUGUAGACCGGGAGGUGCAUGCCAGCCGUAUCCCCCCCCGCCCCGGCUCCGGAAUAAAAACAGGCCUGGAAAAACCGAGAAGUCUUUUGUGUUGACUUUGCCAUAUCAUUGGUAGUGUGGCCUACAGUGAACACAUCUGUACAGCAUCAUCCGAAGGCGCCGCCUUUUAACAAUCUCACACGGUUAGUACACAGAGAGUUGAGAAAAGAAAGGCGACAAAAAAAAAGUGUUGCUCCUUUUUUUUCUUUUUUUUCUGUUUUUUUUUUUUUUUUGAUGGCUGGAUUUACAGGAAAUGUGGCGGGACAAUGAGAGUUGUAUACUGUCAGUCGACACGGAGCAGUGAACCACGGGCAAAGAGGCAGACUAAAGAUUCGAUUUAUUUCUCUCUCUCUCUCUCUCUGUUGUUUUUAAUAGGAAUUGAAUGGAAUGUUAGGUGUCUUGUAAAUGUUGUUUUAAAUCCUUUUAAACGAAAAAGGAAAGAACUUCCAUCAAAAACACCUUGCUACCUGUUGCUGGAUUGCCUCUGAAGUAAAUUUGUUGGGUUUGUAAUUUCUACUUCUUGUCUUGGAAUGUCAGGUCCAGCUGGGGAUAGGUGCCUCCUUCUUGUACAUUUCUGUCCUUUCCUUUU